AUGCUUGAAGGAAACAGACAAGCCAGAAACCAUGCAGAUCAAAGCCAUGGCUUCUGCUUCACGAGCACUCGACACUUUGGAUGUUCUCAACUGCAGAUCUCUGGCUGCCCACAUCAAGAAGGUAAACUUGAACCUGUUUCUCGUCUAUGA